AUGUUCCGCAGGAUUGUCUUUCCCGGCGCCAUCAUUGCAAUAUUCUUCACCUACCUGUCUGCGCAACCGACUAUAUCCCCUGUUCCACCAGACGAAUUACUUCGACCGGAAAGUGUAGCCUUUACCGUGCCUGUCAACAGUACACCUCCGCCUACGUGGAUGCCAACGCCGGGCUUCCGUAGCCUGCGAAGUGGACUGGUGCGGAACGGGCACGUGAAAUUACGACGCGACAGAGAACGAUUCCCACUUCGGGGGACCAAAUCGGCUGUUAUCUUCACCAGGAAGAGCUACCUACGGAAGGAGAUGUGCAAAGCUCAGAGCAUCAAGCAGGUGGUGAAGGAGAAAGGUUGCUCGCGCCAGAUUGUCAUCAACCGGUUCUGCUACGGGCAGUGCAACUCGUUCUACAUCCCUCGCACCGACAAACAAAAUAUCAUGGAACCGGCAUUCAAGUCCUGUAGCUUUUGCAGUCCACAUCGUUACACUUGGUUGCGCGUCACACUCCGCUGCCACAAUUCAAAGAGCCAACGUUUCAAACGCAUCAAAGUCAAGGUUAUUAAGCGAUGCAAGUGUAUGGCCAUAGAGGCAAACCUUCUUUCUUAA